AUGCGUGGAGGCAGAGGUCAGGGUCCACGGAUGGCUCCAACGGAGUCACCCCUUGACUUGGCAGGCGAUGUGAAUGCGCCCAGAGGGUCUGGUUUCGAAUCAAGAGGACGUGGAAGAGGCCGAGGAAGGGGAACGUUUGGUCGCGGACGUGGUAUGCCGUUCAACUCAAAUCGGGAUUUUGACCAUCAGAGUGGUCCUGAUCGCCAAGGUCCGAGACAAUAUGGUAGGAGAGAUGGAAACUGGAACCCACAGGAUGUGGAUGCUCAGGCAGCACCCGAGAGUGGUGAUACAGAACAAGUUGUACGCUGGGAAGAGAACCAUACUGAGGCAGACGAACAGUUGGUUAGUGCCCCAGAGGAGACUGAAGAGACGACGGACGGCGUUGUGGAAACACCUGUUGAAGAGGAACCUAAAAGCUACACGCUGGAAGAGUACAAGGCUAUGCGUCAGUCUGCUAAACCGGCGGUUAUCAUAAACAACAAGAAUCUCCGCAAGGCCAAUGAUGGCAAAGAUGUGUUUGCAAACAUGGUGGCUCACAGGAAAGUACAGGAGGUUCAUGAAGAUGGUGAUGAGGUCGAAGAGAAGGAGAACGAGCCUGAGGCACAACAGCCGAUAGAUAUUGACUUCUCGUUCACAGACGAGUUUGGAGGUCGUAGAAGAGGCGGUCGAGGAUUUGAGAAUAGAGGGUUUGAUCGCGGACGUGGUGGCGCACGAGGUGCAAGGCCGAGAGGCGAGCGUGGAGGUCGGGGAAGAGGUCAGCUAAGAGGCGAAGGACGAGGCCGUGGGUUCGGUCGCGUUUUGCCCAAUGAGGAUCACAUUCCGCCUCCAGCCAUAUACAGUGACCAGGAGUUCCCUUCCUUGAAAUAA